GUGAUUUCUGAUUUCUCUCUCUCGCCAAGUCACGACAUUUCUGCUCAUAAUCACGAUUUUUAAUAGCGUUGGAGUUCAUCUCCUUGCUCUAGUCAGUUUCAGCAGCUAUUUAUGUUGAAUUUUCCAUGCAUUUACUCACCGAUUAAGGGAGUUAAACCCUGCGCGUUUUUUGACUGUUAAAUUCACCCGUCCCCGCGUAUUCUCUCUCGUGAUUUCCUGAUUGUGUUUUUGCCUUUUUCGAAGAUUGCUGUUUCUGAAUUUCCACCUUCCGAUUUUAGGUUCUGUCCAUCUCUGUUUUUGACAGAGGUGGAUGCUUAAGGCUUGUUGAUGAACAUCAAUCUUUCUAAAACUACAAAAAUGGAAUUCGAUACCGGGUACAGAAAGGGGAAUUCCGGGCGCAGCACGUCGCCUAAAAAGCCAAAUGAGACGAUGAAGGUGCUUGUUACCAUAGCUGUCGGGAUGCUGUUUGGCUUCUUCUUAGGAAUGUCAUUUCCAUCAUUGUCAUUAACAAGGCUAAAUAUUACAACUGCUCUUAUUCACGACUUUGUAAUAAUUGGAGACAAAAGUACAGCUAUCUCUGCACAAGACAAUACGAAUAGCACAGCCAGCAAUCAAAACACGACAGAUGUCUCAAAGAUCUGGGUUCCAUCAAAUCCGAAAGGUGCAGAGCGGUUGCCUCCUGGUAUUGUUGAAUCAGAAUCAGACUUUUAUCUACGGAGACUUUGGGGAAAACCUAGUGAGGACUUGACCAGCAAACCAAAGUAUCUUGUCACCUUUACUGUUGGUUAUGAUCAAAGGAAUAACAUUGAUUUAGCAGUGAAAAAGUUCUCGGAGAACUUUACCAUCCUUUUGUUUCAUUAUGAUGGAAGAACAAGUGAAUGGGAAGAGUUUGAGUGGUCAAAACGAGCUAUUCAUGUUAGUGCUAUAAAACAAACAAAAUGGUGGUAUGCUAAAAGGUUUCUGCAUCCCGAUAUUGUUGCUGCAUAUGAUUACAUAUUUAUUUGGGAUGAAGACCUAGGGGUUGAACAUUUUGAUGCAGAAGAGUAUAUAAAACUCGUGAGGAAGUAUGAUCUAGAAAUUUCACAGCCGGGUUUGGAACCUAACAGGGGUACAACAUGGCAGAUGACAAAAAGAAGAGGCGGCCAAGACGUUCACAAGAUAACAGAGGAGAAGCCGGGUUGGUGUUCCGACCCCCAUUUGCCUCCCUGUGCAGCUUUUGUAGAAAUCAUGGCUCCUGUAUUUUCACGAGAUGUAUGGCGCUGCGUUUGGCACAUGAUUCAGAACGACUUGGUGCAUGGAUGGGGACUGGACCUGGCCCUCCGAAGAUGUGUUGAGCCUGCUCAUGAGAGAAUCGGAGUGGUAGAUGCUCAGUGGAUUGUCCAUCAAACAGUUCCUUCACUAGGAAACCAGGGCCAAGCAGAAGAGGGGAAGGCUCCGUGGCAAGGGGUGAGACAGAGGUGUAAAAAAGAGUGGGAGAUGUUCAGAAAUCGAAUGGAGAAUGCAGAAAAGGCUUAUUACAAUUCCAUUAACUCGACAGAGCAUACAUAGAUAGUAUUAUAGAGGAAUAUAUAAUGAGAAAACCACAAAUAGUUACUAAUUUCAUUGUUAUACUUGUAGAUAUAACAAUUUUCUUAGUCAAUUUUGCUUAUUUUAUUAUGCAGUAGUCAUAUGUUCCUUUCCCUUU